AUUGGAGGACCGGUGGCAGGGGGCGGAGAGCUCUGGUCUCCCGUUUUGGGCGGGAGUUGAAACCGCCACUGCUGCCGACAAGAAUUUGAGAGCUGCGAGUUUCCAGCCUUGAGGGAGGCAUGGUGCGACCUGUGAGGCAUACGAAACCAGUCAAUUACUCACAGUUUGAGGACUCUGGCAGCGAUGAUGAUUUUGUGUCUGCAACUGCACGUUUAAAUAAGAAAUCCAGAAUGACACCAAAGGAGUCAAAACUAGAAAAAACAAAACCUAAAUUGAAAAGUCUCCAGCAAGAAGACAUUCCACUACAAGAGAAAACCCCUAAAAAAAGGAUGGCUUUAGAUGACAAGCUCUACCAGAGAGACUUAGAAGUCGCACUAGCUUUAUCAGUGAAGGAACUGCCAGCAGUCAUCAGAGAUGUGGAGGAGUCUCCAAAUAAACGCAUUGAAAAACAUGGCAAUAAUGAAACAGAAAGAAUGAAUAAGUCUCCUCAUAUCUCCAAUUGCAGUGUAGCCAGUGAUUAUUUAGAUUUAGAUAAGAUUACUGAGGAAGAUGAUGUUCGUGGUGUUCAAGGGAAAAGAAAAGCAGCAUCUAAAGCUGUGGUACAACAGAGGAAGAUUCUUUUGGAAGGCAGUGAUGGUGAUAGUGCUAAUGGCUCUGAACCAGACUUUGCCAUUGGUGAAGAUUCUGAUGCUGAUUCUGAUUUUAAUGCGAGUGAAGAUGAUGAUGAAGACUUCACUAUGAGAAAAAGUAAAGUUAAAGAAAUUAAAAAAAAAGAAAUGAAGGUAAAAUCCCCAGUUGAAAGGAAAAAGAAGAAACCUAAAUCCAAAUGUAAUGAUUUGGUGACUUCAGUAGACUCUUCUGCAGCUGCCGUCAAAUCAGAAUCUCAGCCCUCACCCAUAAAGGUGUCUCUUCCUUCAGAGGCCGCCAGGAAACCAUUACAGAUGCGCAGUCCUUCAGCUGAGAGCAAGAGACCAAAGUGGGUCCCACCAGCGGUAUCCAGAAGUGGCAGCAACAGCAGCAGCCCACUGGCAGGAGUGUCUGUCAAGUCCCCAAAUCACAGUCUGCGCCUUGGCUUGUCCAGAUUAGCUCGAGUUAAACCUUUGCAUCCAAAUGCCACUAGUAGCUGAGCGUGGGAGAAAUGUUUGAUUGAGAGAAUCACAGUUUUAGAAGCAUGUUUGUAUUUGCUUUGUGUUUAUAUUUGAGGAGGACAUUGUAAUAAGAAGGAUCCUUUAAGGUCAUAUAAAUUAUAGUCGUCCCUUGGUAUCUGUGGGAGAUUGGUUCCAGGAACCCUCAGGGAUAUAAAAUCCGUGGGUGCUGAGUCCCUUCCAUGUAUAAAAUGGCAUACUACAGUGAGUACAGUCGGCCCUCCGAAUCCGCGGGCUUCUCAUCCGCGCUGAUACGGACGGCUGACUGUAUCUCUAUCUAGUUUGUGAUUAUGUUCUCCAAAAAGCUGUUCAAGACUUCAGUAAGAGGUUGGUUUACUAAGAAUUAUCUCGUAAUAUCAUUUCCUUCUGAAGAGUAUAUUCUGUUUUACUUAUGUAUUUGUCAUUGUCAUUAAGUGGUUGUCAGUUUGACGUGGAGGAAGUGCACGUUACAUGCUGUUCCUUUCUAGUGACAUGAUGCUCCUUUGUAGCUUUGUCUAGUUUAUGGCACCUUAACUUUAACUGUUCCAAGUUUAUCUGGCAAAAGGAAACAUUCCCAUUUCUUCCAGAAGACAUUUCUAAAAUCUUAUAAGUUAUUUAACCUACAUUGUCAGUUUAAUUCAUAGAUAUUUCAUAUUUUAGCCAAAUAUUUUUAUGUUAAGAAUUCAGAAUUAUCUUCCACAUUAAAAUGAUUGCUAUGCUAUGGCGUAUGUCUCCUACUUAAAAGUAGAUGGUUAAUGUAUAGCAAAUAGAAUUUCGUGACGUUUUAUGAAGCCCUCAUUGUCAAAACAUUUAAUAAAAGUGGAAAAGUUUUGAUAUGCUUUUUUCCUUGAAUCAAUUGUAUCCAUCUGUCUCUGACUGUCUACAUUUCAUGAUAAAAUGAGUGCUUUGCAAAAAGCGUUAGCCUUUCUGUUGUAAAUAUCAAGGGGGAGAGCUGUUUCUGAAGUCACCACUCUCUGCGGAGCCGGUGCAGUAGAGGAUGGCCGACGGACUGGGUCCUCAUUCUAUAAGAUAACGCAGCUGUCAGGAACCCUAGAUCUGAAUUCCUUGUGAAUGAAAAUAGUAAUAGAUAGUUUAUAUUUACGGUUAGAAUUUCAACCAGCUGCUGAUCACUUUUUAAUAAAAAUGCUUCAAAUCAUGUUAACCAUUCCAGAAAUGUAUAAUACUUACUUCUUCUUGGUUCAUGGAAACAUCUAUGUUACUGUGAAGAUGCGUAAUUUAGAAUUAUGA